AUGGGAAAGAUCAUUUCUCUGAUCCCUGAACACCGUUUCUACCUCCUGUGCCUGCUGAAAUCACUGUCUUUCUGUCAUCAGAUCAUCUUUUACGAAGGCCGCAACUUCCAGGGGCGCUCCUAUGAGUGCUCCUCUGACUGCUAUGACACCUACAGUCACUUCAACUGCUGCAACUCCAUCCGGGUUAUGGGGGGUCAUUGGGUGGCCUACGAGAAGCCCAACUAUAUGGGGUAUCAGUACAUCCUGGGCCGUGGGGAGUAUCCUGACUUUCACCACUGGAUGGGCUUCAACAAUUGUAUCAGAUCUUGUCAGAUGUUCCCCCCAUACAGAGGAGCCUACCGCAUGAGAAUCUACAACAGGCCUGAUAUGUACGGACACAUGAUGGAGUUCACAGACGAUUGCCCCAAUGUCUACGACCGUUUUGGCCACCACGGCAUCUACUCCUGUAACUGUAUGGAGGGCUUCUGGAUCUUUUACGAGCACCCCAACUACAGAGGCCGUCAGUAUUUCCUGAGGCCCGGAGAGUACAGAGCCUGCAUGGACUGGGGUUGCAUGAAUCCCAUGAUUGGCUCCUUUAGGAGAAUGAGGAGCAGUUUAAUGUAAAAGCGGUCCUUUUUUAUUCCCAUU